UAGUUUGAAAUCAAUGAAUUCAAUGCUAUUAUAAUAAUAAAAAAAAUAAUGUUUUAAAGUGUUUGACAAACAUUACUAAAGAAGUGUCAAUUAAUUGUAUAGAUUUUAGGAUGAAUUAAUGGUGACAUCAAUGGAACAAUUACUUACAUCUAAGACAUCGUUGAUUAAGUCAUUACUGUUGAAGGGAUGGCGCGAGCGUUGGACAGAUGUCUUGUGGGGAAUCAAUAUUAAGCGAGUCCUUCCUCGAGGAGUGUCCGGCGAUGUCUAUGAUUUGGCCGAUUGUAUACUUGAACAGGCAUUGAUCGCACCUACACCUAACCACCUGUUCCUGUCAUAUCUGAACCACUGUAUCAGUUCGCAAAUGGUAUCCUAUGGAUCUGUAUUGGCCUCAAUCGCUAAAUACCAAGACUGGUCUAAACCGCAAUGUAUUCACUAUUUGCUUGAGUUUCUCAUCAAAUAUAAGGAACGGAUCUCAUGUCACGGCAAUGAAGAAGAAUGCAUACUAUUGUCAAAAUCUGUUGUAUCAGUGCUUUCGUGGAUCCAUUUGGUUCUCAACCAAUCGCUGACUAAACUUCAAGAGUCUAAACAACAGCAAACAAAUUUGACACAAAAUCAGACAAAUCUUCAGUCGUUACACACUUCAGACUCGACUCAAUUCAUAUCAAUCAUUGAAAAAUGCGCUGAAUUUUUGUCAUUCAUGUCUUCGUCAGCUUUUCUCAAAGCACUUCUUUAUGUGGGAAAACUAGAAGACAGUCAAACAUUUAAUCAAUUUCUUCAAAUCCAAACUGAAAUUGAAAGCAAACUACCGAUGGCUUCAAAUUUAUUAUCAAAUAGAGAGCCAAUUGACGCUAUUAUUAGUUUCAAACAACGGGUUGAAUGGUUUGACAGCAGUCCGGCUAUCGUGGCGUGCAAACAGUUGACCACUUCUAUAGAUUUUAAGUCAUCAAAGCCGACAACAUAUGCAUCACUUAAUACUAUAAUAGCAUUUGAUGCCAUAUUAAAUCCGGCAUCAGAUAUACAAGUUUGUGUCCAACAAAUCUUAAUGAUUGCCAAAUUUAAUGACAUAUCACUGUCGGACCUGUACUGCGAGAUUAUUCGUUCAUGUCUUGUGGGACUCGUAGAUGCCAGCGGUUCCCAUGAAGAUCCUAAACAUAACUCUUAUCUAAACUCUUGGGCAGCUUUUCUUUUUCUAAAAGUUCCGCAACUUUUUGCAAAACUCAAUUCACUUAAGUUAUCGAAAUCACAAUUUUUCAAUAAUAACAAAUCAAAUGACGCUUCCAAUGAUUUGGAAAUUGGUUUGGAAAAGUUGUUGACAUAUUCACCACUUCUUGAUUUAACAGACAGUAAAUCAAACUGCGAUUGUCUUCAAUGUCUGCUUAAUGAGUUGACUAAAGCAGAGCUCAUAAGUAGCGCAAAAGUGGAGAAAAUAAUGGCUAAACGCAAAAGCGAUACACAAACUUUCAGAAAUCUUCCGCGUCCUGAUCAACAAUCAGCACCACAAACGGGUCCACUACUUAUAUUAAGAGCCGAACCAACAGUGACCAGUAUUUUGAAGACAUUGGACUCGGAUUAUAGUAAAAAUCAAGAGGCGCUCUUAGGUGUCUUAUGUCAUAUGCAAAAAAGUUUUGAACUGAUCCUAUGCGCUGCCGCUGCUACCGGCAAACUGCAAAGUUUUACAACAAAACUCAUUGAGUUUAAUGAGUUUAACAAACAGGCGACCGGCGAAAGUGGAAAGGCAUCGCAAACCAGAGCCCUUUUGUUUGACAUAACGUUUCUAAUAUUAUGUACAAUAGCACAACAUUACGGUACAGAUAUUAUUACAAUGAAUGGCGAAACAAGUAAUUCAUUUUUUGCCACCUGGUGUGCCCAUAAUAUGAGUGAGGGUGGAAAGUACCGGUGCCCUGAUCUACUGCUUAGCAAUUGUGAUCCAAACAAAGUUGAUAUACUUUUGAAUCAAUUUACAUCAACAGAUAGCGAAUUUCGUACUUCUUUAGUCAAAUGGCACGAAGUCUGUAUGAAUGGGCCGCAAGCCAUCAAAGAGAUCCUAUUGGGCUGGGAGUAUGACUCCAUUACCACUGAUAAUGUUAAACUAAUACUCGAUAAUGUCAAAAGCAAGAUGUGUUCACUACCGGUAGUGAUAAGCGCCUGGUUGUGCUCUUAUAUCAAUAUAUUACAUCAUAAGGAGCGACUCAAACCCGUGAAUAUGUUGAAACAAUUUGCUACACCACUGGCCACUGAUAAUAUCAAUUUGGCUGCUAAUAAUAACAAUAAUAAUAAUAAUAACAAUACUGCUGUCGAUGCUAUCGGUAAUAAUCCAGACAACGGUAGAGGACAGCCAGCGCCUACUGCUGGAUCAGAUCAACCAAAUACUUAUUAUAAAGAAAGAUCAACAUUAAUGGCAAAUAUUAUUAAGAAAAUGUCUAAUGAUUUACAUCCGCAGCAAAUAAGUAAAAGUAAAACUAUACCAUCGUCUUCAAGUGGACUCACUGUUAAGACACCUCUUUGGGAACUAAUGGAAAGCAAUUUUAUUGCUGCACACGAACGCUCGUGGCUCGACCUCAAGACUAUCUAUAAUAUGGACACAUUAUUAUGUGUUGGGGGUCCGCAAUGGUUUACCGAUACGCUUAUCAAACAAGUACUCAAGUUUGAGCACUUGAAUGACUUGAAUCGGGCCAUUGAUCUUGUAUUUGGUUUGUUUCAUAUGGACAUUGAACAGUGCGCUCUGGCACUCAUUACAAACAUAUUACCCAAUUAUUUGCUAAACGAAAGCAAACAAGAAUUCUUGUCGGAACCGAAAGUUUCGGCAUUAAUUCGUUUAACAAUAAUGACUAUAUAUGUGGCCCUAAAUGAAGUGCAAAACGUACGCAAAUUACAGCAUAAAUCACGGGUUGGCCGUAAACGACAUUAUUGUCAAGAGAUAUCACAAGACUUGGAGCCAAUGGAUGUCGACUCGACAACGACUCGUACGGCCAAAUCAAUGCGUACCGAAUCAGACUCAGAGCUCUUAGAAAACACUCCGAUAUAUUUUGAACGCCAGACCAAUGAUGUCGACAUUAAUAAUCGUCUAAAUGAACCCAUUUAUAAAGCCAUCAUUGAUUUGCUUCGUCUCUUCACUCUUAUCGCUGCCGACUCGACAAUAAGUCAGCGAACAUUAGUUCCCAUUAUAUUCUUGGAACAACUGAUCCUAUGUGUCAAAGAAGGCUCCUAUAAGAUCUUGCAAUUGAUGCCAAUGAAUAUGAUUGGAUGUCUUAUCAAAACAAUACCAGACUCUAUUUCGAUGCAGUUUUUAUUGGCCGUAAGCGAUGUGCAAACAGUGCGCUCGCGUAAGAUUACGGCCCGACUAUUGUGUCAAUUGGCUAAAGCAAAGACUAUGUCUUAAAACAUCUUAAGAUAUAUAUCGAUAAUAACAGAAAAACAGUUUAGUGUCACCAAUACUGGUCCGGCGUCGAUAUCUUCUCUUUACAUUUAUAUGU